ACGGCUGAGUAUAGGCCAGCCUUGCGGCAGAGGCUUCAAUUUACUAUUUACUGUCAAUCUAAUGCUACGAAUAUGUCUUUAAAUACAUCUCGUGUGGUAUAUUGAAAACAAAGAACCCUUUCAGAGCUUUUCUGAAGUUGUGGGUUUUAUGCAUGGUUUCAUUGGCCAUGGAGCUUUUGCAUCUGGCGAUUAAAUGUGGUAUGACUCCUCUGGUAUCAAACUGUUGACAAACAAGUACAACAAAGCCCUCAAUACCUCUGGGUUCUAUAUGCAUUUGACACCCUCAUAUUUAUGCGGUUCCCAAUUCAUUCUCUUCAGCACCUUUUCAACUCAGUUGCAACCUGUAUCGAGGCAAAACAGUUUCGGGUUGUGGGACCUGUUUGAAGUUGUUUUUUCUGACAAUAUAGCUCUUCGUUUGGAGAAGGUAUAGUCAAGGGAUUAAAAUGAGGCUUUUGAAGGUGGCCACAUGUAAUCUGAAUCAAUGGGCCAUGGAUUUUGAAUCCAAUCUGCAACAUAUUAAGGAGUCUAUUUUGAAAGCCAAAUCUGAAGGAGCAGCGCUUAGAGUGGGUCCCGAGCUUGAAAUUACUGGCUAUGGCUGUGAAGACCAUUUUUUGGAGCCGGACACAACCAGUCAUGCGUGGGAAUGCCUGAGAGAUAUUUUGGCAGAAGACUUGACGGAAGGCAUACUUUGCAGCAUUGGUAUGCCAGUAGAUCAAGGUGGUGUUCGGUACAAUUGCCAGGUCUUUUGUCUAAAUCAAAAAAUACUUCUGAUUCGACCAAAAUUGUGCCUUGCCAAUGAUGGCAAUUAUAGGGAAUUGCGAUGGUUCUCUUCUUGGAAGCGUCAUGGACAGCUUAUGCAGUAUAAUCUUCCUGACAAUAUUGCAGAUGCAAUUUCACAAAGAACUGUGCCUUUUGGAGAUGGAUAUCUUUCGUUUUCAGAUGUAAAAAUUGCUGCUGAAACUUGUGAAGAACUUUUCACACCAGACUCCCCUCAUAUUGGUCUUGCAUUAAGUGGUGUUGAAGUAUUUACAAAUGGAAGUGGAAGUCAUCACCAAUUGAGAAAGCUGAAUACACGUCUAGAGCUGAUUCAAAGUGCAACUUGUAAAUCUGGAGGUGUAUAUAUAUACAGUAAUCAACAGGGCUGUGAUGGAGGUCGUCUUUACUAUGAUGGCUGUUCAUGUAUUGCUGUCAAUGGUGAUAUUGUUGCUCAAGGAUCACAGUUUUCUCUCCAUGACAUUGAAGUUUUAACAGCAGUAGUAGAUUUGGAUUCUGUUUUGGGUUAUAGGGGAGCAAUUAGCAGCUUACGUGAACAAGCUAGCCAUAAGCCUUCUAUUCCCUCAAUUCAAGUUGAUGUCAAGCUGUGUCAAUCAAAGGAGAAUCUUAGAGUUUUCCCAUCAUUGCCAAUCAAGAUUAGAUAUCAUUCUCCAGAAGAGGAAAUAGCUCUGGGUCCAGCUUGUUGGCUUUGGGAUUACCUACGGAGAAGUGGAGCUUCUGGCUAUUUGUUGCCACUUUCAGGUGGAGCAGACAGUUCAUCUGUAGCAGCUAUUGCUGGAUGCAUGUGCCAGCUUGUAACAAAAGCUAUUGCUAAUGGAGAUGAACAAGUCAAGUCAGAUGCGAUACGUAUAGGUCAAUACGAAAAAGGAGAUAUCCCUACUGAUAGCAAAGAAUUUGCAAAACGUAUAUUCUACUCAGUUUACAUGGGUUCAGAGAAUAGUUCAGAAACCACCAGAGAAAGAGCAAAGAAAUUGUCUAAUGAAAUUGGCUCAUGGUAUCUUGAUGUUAAAAUCGAUACUGUAGUAUCAUCAUUAAUCUCCCUAUUCCAGUCACUCACAGGCAAAACUCCAAGGUACAAGGUUGAUGGAGGAACCAAUCCAGAAAAUCUAGCUUUGCAAAAUAUUCAAGCUCGUGUGCGAAUGGUCAUAGCCUUUCUAUUUGCAUCUCUUAUGCCAUGGGUGCAAAGCAAAUCUGGCUUUUUUCUUGUACUAGGGAGUUCAAAUGUCGAUGAAGGCCUUCGUGGAUACUUAACAAAGUAUGAUUGCAGCUCUGCUGAUAUAAAUCCAAUAGGAAGUGUAAGCAAGCAAGAUUUGAGAAUGUUUUUACGCUGGGCUGCAGUUAAUCUUGGGUACCUCUCCCUAGCAGAAAUUGAAGCUGCACCACCAACUGCAGAACUUGAGCCUAUACGUUCAAACUACUCACAGUUGGAUGAAGCAGACAUGGGUAUGACUUAUGAGGAGCUAUCUAUGUAUGGACGGCUUCGGAAAAUUUUUCGUUGCGGUCCAGUAUCAAUGUUCCAGCACCUUUGCCACAGAUGGUGUGGUCGUUUAACUCCAGCAGAAGUUGCAGUAAAGGUUAAAGAUUUUUUCCGAUAUUAUUCUGCAAAUCGACAUAAGAUGACAACAUUGACCCCUUCGUACCAUGCUGAGAGUUAUUCUCCAGAGGACAACCGGUUUGAUCUUAGGCAGUUCCUCUAUAAUACUCGUUGGCCUUGGCAGUUUCGAAAAAUAGACGAACUUGUAAAGCAAGAUCAGGUUAUCAAUGGUCCUUAUACCACAUGUGAUGGUCCAACAGAAGUAGAAAUUGCAAGUGCCCAUGGCUCUGGUAUGGGUGUGCCGGCGGCAAAUUCAGCAAACCCAUAUGCUGGGAGUUAGUGUUGUAAUUGACCUCAAAGAUCUCUCUUGGCUUCUUCGUCACUAGCUUAUGCUUUGUAUCGUAUAAAUAUUCAGCUAUUCAGCGUCAAAUAUCAUUGGAUAGCCUAGUGGAUUAGAGGGCCUUUGGGUCCAAGCUAUAUGUCACAGGAAAUUUGCUCUGUUUCAUUGAAGGUUUCAUUAUGGUAUGGCCAGUAGUGGACCGAUAUUUUAUCUAAUUAUAUUCUUUAUUCAAGAUAUUUUAGUUCGUUUUUGGGCUUUAAACAAUCAUAUCUUAAAUACAAUUUCCAUUCAUACAUU